AUGCCGGUAUACAUCAGAAAAGGGCCUGCAGAUCCCCGAGCCCCCGACAGCGGCCACGGUGAUGACGAGGAGGAGUUGUUCCUGAGUGACCCUGAUCAACUCCAGGACCAGCUCCCCCAGCCAUUCAGAAUGAUAGACAAGGUCCUGGACAGACUUGUAGACAGGGCAUGGGACUUCAUCUCACAGAGAGAAACUGUCAGGGUCACAGAGCAAGCUAUUAAAACUAUACCCAUUAUGCAGGUCUCAGGGGACGUAAAGCUCCCUGUGAGGACCAACUGCGUGGCCUGCUCUGAGGAUGGCAGGUACAUCUUCCUGGGUCACCCCCACGGCCUGUCUGUUAUGGCUCUGCCCCAGGGUAUCACCACCUCCUCCUCUUCCUCUCCCUACUGUGUGCCAGUGUGGCAGGAGGACCAGGUAGAGAUCACCUCUCUUCACAUCACCUGUCUGGGGGAGAUGGCCUACCUGCUGGCAUCCCUGGAUGAUAUGGGUGUUGCCAGACUGUUUGCUUAUUACUCAGAAACCAGCCACCUGAUAAAAGUCAUGAAUGAAACAGAUGACCUCAACCAGAGAAGUGUCUGUGUGAAGUUUGAACUGUCCAGAGGAGGAGACUACGGAGCUGCUACCAUCAGCUGUAAUGGAUGUCAGUGUUUAGAGGUGUACAGGUUCCCUAAAGACUCCUGGCUGAAAGAGCUGUCCCAGCAUGCACCUGGAGUAGGAGAUACAGGCAAACUGUCUCCUGUCGCCAUGCUGAUGAAGAUCAAACCACCUAAACCUCACACAGGCUCUACCAUGAAGAGUCCAUUUGAGGUGUUGCAGAAGACCGAGGAUGGCAAUGUGAUUGGCUCAGGACAGAACCACCUGAUCAGCAGUCGCCAAUGGGAGGACCAGGAUGCUGUGUUUAAGUCUGUAUACAGGAAGUACAUGGUUACUAACCCCAGCAACACUACAGACCCAGAGGACAGACCUAGCUGUGUGACCAGUCACUUCCUGCUUCCUGGAGGUCUGUUUCCUGUCCUGGGAGGAGUUAAGCCUCAGACAGGAGGAGUGGCUGUAGCUGUGUGUCUGUGGUGGAGCGGCAGACACAAUCUGCUGCAGUACUUACUGUGUAAAGCUCCCAGAGACAAACCAGACCCGGAGCCCAAGCCUGAUGCGUUGUGGCCUAAUGCCCAGGAGAUCCUGUGUUCUGCUGUUAGCAGCUGUACUAGACACAUAACUCUGGGACUGGUUACUGGACUGGUCACUGUCUGGGACAGACACUUAGGUGAUCAGCGUCCCGGUCCUGACAGUGGGGAGGAGGGGGAGGACGGAGGGAGUCGACUCUUUGUGUUCCGUCUCCAAGAUGCUGCUGUCGUCAAGCCGUACAGACACGAAUAUGUCGGCAGAGCAUCAUCACCCCAGGGCCAAUCAGGGACAGGCGCCUCUAACUUGGAGGAAACAUGCAACCUCUAUUUCCAACAAAGGGUUCAAUCUGUGGAGGAGAGAAACAAAGUCAUGACUGAGACAUGGAACCAGCUCCAAGAGCAUGCCGCCAUGGUGCUCUUACAGAACUGACAACAAGUUGUUACCAUCUAACAGAACUGACAACAAGCUGUUACCAUCUAACAGAACUGACAACACCCUGUUACCAUCUAACAGAACUGACAACAAGCUGUUACCAUCUAACAGAACUGACAACAAGCUGUUAUCAUCUAACAGAACUGACAA